CCAUCCUCAGCGCGUUUAGCUAGUUCGAAAGUGCAAGUUUAUCUCUACAGCAACAGCAAGAUGUACAAAGUGGAAAGCAAUUUUUAUUCGGUUCCCAGCCUCGACAAAUCUCCGGCAUCAUAUGAUAAUCAAGUAGCUGAGUUGAGCGAUUUUUACAAAAAGAUCGCACAGGAAGAAUUACGCGAGGACGACAGCACUCGUGAAAAAAGUCUUCAACAGAUGCGAGAUUGGAUCGCAAAGAACCCAAACAUCAGAAAAUGUCGCACGGAUACUCCGUUUUUACUGCGGUAUCUUCGUAGCAAGAAAUACUGCAUCAACACGGCUACCGAAACGCUAGAAAAAUAUCUCGCCGGACGCGUGCUGCAUCCCGAUUGGUUUAAGAAUCUAGACGUUCAGGACCCUGAGCUAGGUGCUUUGGUAGAUUCAGGCUAUCUCUUCCCCUUAUUGGAACGCGACAGCCAAGGUCGUACAUUAAUUUUUAACGACACGGCCCAGCUAGAUCCUACCAAGUAUACGGCCGCACAUGUCACGCGCAUCCAUUUGUUGACCAACGAAGCUUUGUACGAUAUGCCCGAGGUUCAAUGCGCUGGUGUGGUCAUGGUUUAUGAUCUGUCUGGAAUGAGUCUGGCACAGUUGAGCUUAGUAUCGUUGAAUGAAAUCCGUAUAUUGGCCGGAUAUCUGAACAAUGGAACUCCGAUGCGUAUACGAGAGUUCCACUUUGUCAACACCCCGAGUGCUACACUAACUAUUGUUAACUUCGCGCUACAGUUGCUGAGUGAGAAGCUGCGAGAACGUGUUUUUUGCCACAAAAAUUUUGACGAACUAUACACGAAAGUAGACAGGAAUCUGCUGCCGAAGGAGUUUGGUGGUAAAAGCCCCAAGGCUGAAUAUAUUGCUGCCUUCAAGCAACACUGUCUGAAGUUACGUGAUAAACUGAACAAUAGCGAUCUCAUGGAUAUCGAGAUCAGUAAAGAUUCUAAAUACUGGCAGGAAAGUCAUAGCGCAGAACUGGAAAGCGGUGCGAUCGGUAGCUUCCGGCAGCUGGUUGUCGACUGAGAAUAUCAAAUAACUUACAUUUUAGUAUUUGUUUUACAAAAAGGUUCUUUUUUUGUUGUGUGAUGAUAAGGUUUGAAUGCUCAGUUGUUGAGGAUGAAGGUGUUUCUUCACGCGCUGAUGUUCUUUAGUACAAGAAAUUAUGGUCUGAUUUUUCCCCUUGCACAUUUUCAUUAUACAACUAUUUCGAGUGUGUGUUAAAAACUGCAAACUUUAGUGUUUGCAGUAUAAUCGUUUGGUUACCAAAAACAGUUAAAUAAAUGUG